UUCAAUCCUUAUAAAAAAUUAAAAACACUACAAUUGGAAAAUACUAUAAAUUGAUAAAUCUACAAGUGUGAAAUUUUGAGUUGGAAUAGUUUGAAUUUUCCUGUUCGCCAUGAUGACGUUUAAUGUCCCCGACAACCUCUGCAGUCCCGUUUAGCCACUUGUUAGCAACCGAAUUUUUCAAGACAUGUUAAAGCUUAACAAAAUCACGAGUGGGGUAUUACUGAUGUAUUUUGUGUAGUAAAGUGAAACGUGUACAUGUCUUGAGCUUGGGUUAACCACAGACCUUAUUUCAGGCAUUUAAGCAAAAACCCAUUCAAGAAACCCACUGACUUUGUGACGAUGGAACCGGAAAUGCUAAAAUGCUAACUCAUUUCCGGGGUUUUAGGACUCAUUGUUACAGCACUCUAUGAGAGGAAGAUUUUUUCUUUACAAUGCCGAAUUCAAAAUGUGUCGAAUUUGUCAAAAACAAAUAUAAAAACAAAUCUCUCAAAAUAAUUUCUCAAUCUCCAAAUUUAGAGUGGAUGUGCGUAUUUCACAUGGUGACUCUUACCAUAAUAAUAAUAUAAAAAAGUAGGUCUCGUCAUAGAAGUGUGAGCACCCCUGCAGCCAUUUUGUUGAUUAGCUCUUUGAGUGAAGCAGCCAGUUAUUUAGUACCUCGACGCACACAAGCAACGACUCAGGCCUGCAGCACUUUAUUUCUGAACUGUUUAUUCAAGUUUAAGGGUUUAUUCAGUUUAUUAAUAGUAACAUUCUGAGUUGAUAACAACAUCUGAGUUGAAGAAACAGGCUGAUGAUAUUUCUUUUAUGACUACUUGAAAGUGUUUGGUUUGAAAUUGCUUAAGAGUGCAGUUGUUUAAUUUGUUUUACAAUUCUUUAAUUGUACUAGAAGGGUAACUUAAUUUCAUAUCAUUUUACUUUAUUUUGUUAAUUAAAUACAAUCCAGCUUUAUAUUUUUUAUAAUUAAUUUGUAAGUUUUGGUUUUAUUUGAUAAUGAGGUAAGAAAGAAGCCAGUAUUCAGAUUAAAGCGUUUAUGAUGUGAGCAGCUGAUAAUAUUCAGGGAUAAAUAAUUUAGAGAGAUCUGACCUAAAAUAGGAUCCAGGGGUAAGCAGCCCAUCAUGUGAAAAAUGUUCAGCAAAGUUUUCAAAUAUUUGAAUAGGAUUGACAUAGAAGUAAUGUUAAGGAAAAAGAACAGAAAAAGGAUGUUAUACUGUAGCAGGAAGCCCAGUACUGAGAAAAAGGAGAAAGUUUCCCUCACAUACAGAUCUCUGUGUGAAAUCAGACUUUCUGCUAGAAUGAGGAACCUGACGGCUCUGCUGUUUCUGCUGUCGCUCUGCUCUCUUCAUCUGGUGUCUAGCGUUCCCACCAGUUUCAACCACAUCACUCAGUGCUGUUCAGGUACAAGUACAGUGAAGAUCCCUCUAAAGGACAUUGUGAACUACCGGUGGACCAGCAACGACUGCCCCAUAAAGGCCAUUGUCUUUGAGACUCUAAAUAACGGAACGUAUUACCGCUGUGUGGAUCCAACAGCUGUUUGGGUCAACCAUCACAUGAAAGCAGUGGAUCGUAAAAACAAAAAACUGUAAAAGCAAAACCCUGAAUCUCAGCGUUAGAUGGGUUUUCAACACUGAAGACCAACCUUAGAUAUUGAACAAAUUUUGAUAUUACUCAUACAAUAGACAUUACAGCAUAUUCUCACCUCUGAGUCUCAGUGUGACAGCACCGCCUGGUGUUUUUCAGAGUUCAGUAUUACUGUCCGUUCCGUAUUCAUGUUUGUUCCAAAUUAAUGAAUCUGUAAAAUGAAAUGAAUGGUGUUAUGCACAUGUAACAUGUAACUUUUUUUAAAUAAAUAGUAAAAUUGUGCAGA